AGCUGGAGAACUCGAUGCUCGGCAUGAGUCCGGACUUCACGCGCAACGAGUCGUCGCCCAUUCAGCUGACAACCCCUCCCCACACACUGAGUCUCGGUGACCACCAGUUCCCCGGUGUCGGUGACACCCACUACACCACACAAAACGGUCCCAAUCGCGCCGGUAGUUAUAAAAAGAAACGCAAUGUCGCGCUCUCGGGCUUCGCCAGCAACGAGGACAGCCUACUAUUAGAGCGUUCGCGCAAAGAGUCACUCGAAUCGCCUGAAUAUCAAAGUUAUUUCAAUUCCAACGCUUCGGCCAACGAUUACAGCGACGAGUCGACGGCUCUGCUGAGGCGUCAGGUGAAGGCGCUGUCGAGACGGGUGGCGGCCAUCGAGCUGGACAAUCAGCACCGACACCAGCGCGAAGUGUUCAUCUACACCAUUGGUGUCAUCUAUUUCUUAGUCAAA